AUGCUUGAAAUGUGGAAGGAAGGUUUAAUUCCUGGUUUUGACAUGAAUGUAGAGAAAUGCAGAACAUGUAUGUUGACUAAGAUAACUAGGAAGAAGUUUGAUAGCAUUGUUAGGGUAUCGGAAGUCCUUGGACUGAUUCAUAGUGAUUUAUGUGAUUUGCAUGCUACACCAUCUCUGGGGAAUAAGAAAUAUUUUGUCACAUUCAUUGAUGACUAUUCCAGAUAUUGUUCUGUAUAUUUGUUGCACUCUAAGGAUGAGGCCUUAGAGAAAUUCAAGGUUUACAAAACUGAGGUUGAAUUGCAACAGAGUAACUUGAUUAAAAAGUUAUGCACCGAUAGAGGUGGUGAGUAUUAUGAUCCUGCUUACUUUCAGUCUGUGGGUAUAAUACAUGAGGUCACAGCUCCUUAUACACCACAACAAAAUGGUGUAUCUGAGAGGAAGAACAGAGUCCUUAAAGAAAUGGUUAAUUCCAUGUUAUCCUAUUAUGGAUUGAGUGACGGUUUCUGGGGUGAGGGCAUGUUAACAGCAUGUUACUUGUUGAACAGAGUUCCUAACAAGAGGAACAAGAUAACCUUAUAUGAACUUUGGUUCUAUGUCAUUGAACCUAAUGAUUCUAUAGCAGUUCACACUGUGAUUGAGUCAAGAGAUGCAAUAUUUGAUGAGAAUCGUUUCACAUCAAUACCUAGACCAAAGGAUCUGGUUUCGUUUGGAACUGGACAAGGAGAUGGUACAAAUGUACGUUCCAACAUCUCGGCUUGUGUUCCAACAACCAGCGAGUCACCUGUACUUCGUAGAAGUAAGAGAGGAAGGAUUGAGAAAUCAUUUGGUCCUGAAUUCCAAAUUUAUUUGGUAGAAGGUUCAAGAGAUGAGAUUGUUCUACAAUACUCAUAUUGUUACCUAGUUGGUGAUGAACCUAGGACAUUCAGUGAAGCUAUGGCUUCCAUUGAUGCUGCUUUCUGGAAAGAAGCUGUAAAUGAUGAGAUGGACUCUAUAGUAGGAAGCAAUACAUACUUCCUGACUGAUCUCCCACCUGGUUGCAAAGCUUUAGGCUGCAAGUGGAUUUUCACAAAGAAAAUGUUGAUCGGUGGUGCAAUCGAUAAGUUCAAAGCUCGAUUGGUUAUACAAGGUUUUAGACAAAGGGAAGGCAUUGAUUAUUUUGAUACAUAUGCUCCUGUUGUCAGAAUCUCUUCUAUAAGGUUCUUGAUUGGUUUAGCAGCCAUUCAUGAUCUUGUGAUCCAUCAAAUGGAUGUUAAGACUGCAUUUUUAAAUGGUGUCUUGGAAGAAGAGGUGUAUAUGGAACAACCAGAGGGAUUUGUUGUGCCUGGAAGUGAGCACAAGGUGUGCAAGCUGGUGAAAUCACUGUAUGGGCUGAAACAAGCUCCUAAGCAAUGGCAUCAAAGAUUUGAUGAAGCUGUCUUGUCUUUUGGUUUUAAGAUUAACCAAUCAGAUAAGUGUUUAUAUAGCAAGUUUGAUGAUUCCAGUAAUGGAGUGAUCAUUUGUCUAUAUGUGGAUGACAUGUUGAUCUUUGGUACCAACCUUAGAUUAGUGGAACUCACAAAAGAGUUUUUGUCAUCAAAUUUCGCCAUGAAGGACAUGGGGGAGGCGGAUGUGAUUCUUGUGCCCCUUGUAAGUACUCCCAUGGAGGCAAGUGUGAAACUUAUGCCUAACACAGGAAAGGCUGUGUUGCAACACGAGUAUUCUCAAGUGAUUGGAUGCUUAAUGUAUGCAAUGACAAGCACAAGGCCAAAUAUUGCAUAUGCAGUUGGAAGAUUGAGUAGAUACACUAGUAAUCCUAGUACUCACCAUUGGCAGGCUGUAAAGCGUGUGCUCAAGUACUUGAGAGGAACCAUGGACUAUGGUUUGUGUUAUGGAGGAUUUCCUUCGGUUUUGGAAGCUGCUGGUAGAGAGGCUGAGUGGUUGAGAAACCUUGUCCCUGAGAUUCCAUUGUGGUCGAAACCAGUGUCUCCUAUCUCAAUCCAUUGUGAUAGUCAAGCAACUUUGGCUAAGGCUUAUAGCCAAGUGUACAAUGGAAAGUCAAGACACCUUGGCGUGAGACAUAGCGCUGUUCGUGAAUUGAUCACUCACGGUGUGAUAACUUUAGAGUUUGUUCGGUCUCAGCAGAAUCUAGCAGAUCACUUGACGAAGGGUCUAUCUAGGGACUUGGUAAUAAAGUCAGCUGAAGGAAUUGGUUUGAAGUCCAUCUCAAACCUCUAG